AUGCACCUUCGACGUAGAGUCAGCAUCGCAUGGUCUGGCUCGCGAGUUGAUGACCCAUUCCCACGACCGGGAAGCAUGGCCCCGAAGUUGAUAUGGUCUGAGUCUCGUCAGACCUGGUAUACCGUCGAUUCCGAUUCGAAAGGCAACAAGAGGUACUCGAAAGCAGACCCGGCCAGUCCCCAAGCCUCUUCCUCGCCACAACGGCGGACCAGUGUGACCUCAAGCAGCCCGCAAAGCUAUGGAGAGAGACAAAGUCAGGGAGAGCAGAGCAGCAUCUCCAGCAUUACCGAUGGCAUCAACCAAGUUGCUGUCAGUGACCGGACGCGCUUUCAACAGCGUCCUCCUGACUUUUUCAAAGUGGGACGUGUCUUCGCAACCGAGCGACGGCCCUACCGUGGAGAUCUGGACUCUCGUGCCACCGCUGUGCUUGAUAUUGCUGCUGGCCAGGACACUGGCCUUGGUUCCCAGGGCACCGGUCAUCAGAUCUAUGUCGUUGUGAAAGAAGAUGACAGCAACGACACAGAUAUCUGCUACGUACUUGAAGUAAACACUUAUGGACGCCGCGGAGUCGCCAGCCCAGGUGUCGUGAAAGCUGACCAUGGAAUUAUAUAUUCGGGCAGGGAAGAGCCUCGGCCAGAUCCAGACGAAGAACCGGCUCGGCGAGAGGAAGGCAUGUGCGCGGUAGCGCUGAGGGUUGAAAUGCGACUGCCAGACUUGAAGCUUCACUUGAAGUCUCGCAUAAAUUACAGAACACUUCGCCAAUUCCCCAAAGGAGAGCCAGUUCACCAUCUGGGCAUGGUACACAAGCAUUCCAUGGCUUGGUUGAUCGGCCAAAUGUUACAUGUGCAGACACGGUACCAAUCUGGAUCAGCACCUGAAGAAGCCGAUGAUGAUGAUGACGAUGAUGACGAUGACGAUGAUGAUGACGAUGACGAUGACGAUGAUGGGAUUGGCGGCGGCGGCCAGGUAGCCAGCGGUUCUGGUGGCAAAUCGUCUCAGCAGGCCAAUCUGGCACUCGAAGCACAAAAGGCCAAAGAUGCUUACCACCGUAUGAUACGCCAGGGUUUCACCCAAAAUCAGGCUAUCGAGAAAAUUGCCGAGACGCUGAGAAACAAGAAUCAACAAUGGUCAAGGGAAGGAGCCAUAGAAGCUGCUAAAGGAAGGCUGCGGUGUGCGCCCAACGGGAUCAACGGACUCCACCUUCCACGAUACGAAGUCUCCAAGCAUACCUUGAUUCUUUUUCAGUUGGCCGAACAUUUCCAUCAAUUGCUCACUUCGAUACGUGGAUACUGCUCUUUAGCCUCGCCUUGCGCGGGCCUGGGCGAACAUCCUGAUCAUACUAUGAACGAUUUGGCAACGGAUUACUUUACUAGAGAAUGA